AGCUACUUGCUGAAGGGAACACGGACAGUAAUAGUUGCGGCGCAAUGUUCCCAUCUUAACAUUGUAUCCCAGACCUCAGAAAGGAGAGAGGAAUCACCCAUAUUCAAUAGCUGCUGUUUCAGGUGAAGUAUCCAGUCAACAUGGAUCCUCCCAGCCCUUCUCCCGAAAGAGCAGAAAGUGACUAUUCUCCCAUAUUAGAGCAUAUUCAAGGGGAGGAUGAGCGCCAGAGACAACAGGAACGUUUGAACAGAGAAGAAGCCUAUUACCAAUUUAUCAAUGGACUAAGUGAAGAAGACUACAGACUUAUGAGAGACAGUAACUUGCUUGGCACUCCAGGGGAAAUUACAGCAGAGGAGCUGCGGCAACGACUAGAUGGUGCAAAGGAGCGCCUGUCCUCUCAGCCUGGUAUCGAAAGUAAUGAAACAUUAGAAGAAAAUUUGAACAGGGGUUCAGAUGUUUCUGGUGAAAAUUCCAAUGGAGAUUCACUGUUAGAGUGGCUGAACACAUUUCGACGCACAGGAAAUGCUACUCGUAGUGGACAAAGUGGAAAUCAGACCUGGCGGGCUGUGAGCAGAACAAACCCUAAUAGUGGAGAGUUUCGCUUUAGCUUGGAGAUCAAUAUUAAUCAUGACCAGCAGGACCACAGCUAUGAUUCUGGUAGUGAACAGGCAACUGAAAGAGCCACUUUGCUGGGCUCUGCCCGUCGAGGUACUGAGAGCAGAAGAUCACAAAGGUCAAUAGUUAAUUCCUCAAGGCGCACAAGGAACAGUGUCUCCAGGCUCAGUCCAGGUCCGCAGGCAACAGGCUCUAAUAUAAGAAUGAGGAGUACGAACAGAACAUCAUCAGAGAAUGCACCCUCUGCUACUGAGCAGAGAAUACCAAGGAAUAGUAGAAGAGGUAGAAACAGGAGUACCUUGUACCUAAACACUGCUCAAAGGACUGAAGAGCAGCCAAGAAGACAAGAAUGUCCCGUUGUCACACAAGAUGAUCAUCGAGGAGAUGCUUCUCUGACAUCAGAAGAUAGGAGUAACAGAAGUAGAAACAGAACAAGGAUUAAUGCAACAUCUGUAGGAGAAAAUCCAGCCCCACGCAGGCAAUCACGAACCUCUGCAUCCAGAAGAAGCCGUUCCCCUCUCCGCAGAUCAGGCAGUGAGGCAACUUAUGCUGUCCAAGGUGAUGUAGAAAUGGAUGCGCUGUCUGAAAUGAUACCUAACACAUUGGAUAGAACUGAAACUGUGAAUGAAGAGAGAGAGCAGGCAAAUGGAAGCUCUGUUUUGCGAACAGCCUCUGCUGGUGUUGCCUCAGAGGUUGUUUCAGAGGAAGCUGAAAUAAAUAGCUCCUCCUCUGCUGGCAGUGUAAGGAGACAUCCAACCAUAAUGCUGGAUCUUCAAGUUAGACGCAUCCGUCCUGGAGAAAACCGAGAUAGGGAUAGCAUUGCUAACAGAACAAGAUCAAGGGUCCGCAUGGCUGAAAACACUGUGACCUUUGAGAGUGACAGUGGUGGUUUCCGCCGUACCAUUUCCCGGUCAGAGCGAGCAGGAAUACGAACCUAUGUCAGCACCAUUCGUAUACCUUUACGUCGCAUAUCUGAGACUGGGUUAGGGGAGCCAUCCUCAGUGGCUCUAAGGUCCAUUCUUCGUCAAAUAAUGACAGGUUUUGGAGAACUUAGCUCUCUGAUGGAGACAGAAGCAGAUUCAGAUGUCAAUUCCAGUACUCUGUCAUUGGGAAACAGUCCUGAAGCCACAUCAUUUCAGAUCCACUCUAAUGUCAGUAAUGCAUCUAGUGUGUCUCUAGAAAGUAGACAGACAAAUGAAGACGUUGAAGAGCCACAUAGAAUCAGUAGAGGUUUACAGUCAGUGGGACAUAACUCUGAAAACAGAGAGAACAGACAGUCUAGCAGAGAUACAAACAAUCUUGUUGAAAAUGGUACAUUACCCAUCCUUCGCCUUGCCCAUUUCUUUUUGCUCAAUGAUGAGGACGAUGAUGAACACCCAAGGGGGUUAACCAAAGAGCAAAUUGACAACUUAUCAACAAGGAACUAUGGGGAAGGAAAUAUGGAAGCUGAACUCAGCAAAACAUGCAGUGUUUGCAUUAAUGAAUAUGCAGCAGGGAACAAACUGAGACGCUUGCCUUGUGCUCACGAGUUUCACAUUCACUGUAUUGACCGGUGGUUGUCCGAGAAUUCCACAUGCCCCAUUUGUCGCCAGCCUGUGCUUGGUUCCCGCCAAACCUGAAUGUAAAUAAGCAAACUGUUUCCCUUGAAGAAUCUAACGUUUUGUAAAUAAGCUUUAAUGUUUUAAAUACAGUAUAAAAUCAUUGUUAUGUGCGGACCGUAGAACCAAAUAAGUAACUAAAGCUAUAUUUUUUUAGACUUUUUUUUUUUUUCUUGCUUUGGUGUGUUUUCCUUUUUGUUAAGCACUUUCUUGAUAGAAGCAUCAUUGUACAAUAAGUAAAAAUGCAUUUUUGCAGUAUUGAGUUCUUUCCCAAAGAAACGGGAAGCUUGCACAUAAAUCUUGUUGACAAAUUUAUCCUGAGGAGAAGCCAAGUUAUCUGUUAUUGUUAUUAACUCCUGUUCAUCAUUGUUGUAAAGACACAUAAUCUAUAGUAGGAAUUUAAAUAUGUAAGGCCUUUCCCUUUGACAACUAUAACCUCUCACUAAAUCAGUUUUUAAUUGUUUUAAGGUAAUCUAAAGCAGUUUAAGUCCCUUGUGUAAUUAGUUGUUUUAAUAACAUCAGAACUAAUGCAGGUCAAAGCUUUUCUUUGCAAUUUAACUUAAUUCUUUUAAUCUGAUAAGUAUCAAAUUGAUCUUACUACUUCCAGUUGUUUUGGUUUUUUCAUUUUGUUUAGUUUCAUCUUAAUGUUGUUUUGUUUCAUUAGUUCUUGGUGAUUAGUUUCUUUUCAGAAACCAUUAUUGUUAUUGGGUUGUUUUCUAUAAUUUUGGGUAAGUUAGAAAUUUAAAAUUUCUGUAUAUGAUAGGCAGUUAGGCAUCACAGUGCCUAUAAAUAGUAUUCAUCCCUUGGACGUUUUCCCAUUUUAUUAUUAUUCAACAUUGAAUCCCAGAGAAUUUAAUAUGGCCAUUUUAAGAUUGAUUAACAGAAAAGUAAUCUUAUGUCAUAGUGAAAAUAGAUUUCUGCAAAAAGGUUCAAAUUAGUUAUAAAUAUAAGCUACAAAAUAAUUAAUCACAUAGUAUUCACCUGCAUCAGAUCAGUGGCUUUAGGCCUUGUAUUGCUGGAAAAUCUCCUCCCAAGGUGCAUUUUUUUGCAGACUGCACCAUGCUAUCCUCUGGCAUUUUUUUGUGAUUUGUUGCAUUUAUUUUACCUUUGACCCUCACAAGCCUUCCCAAGCCUGCUGCAGAGAAGCAUCUCCACAGUAUGAUGCUGCCACUACCAGUCUGCUUCAUGGGGGGAUGGUAUGUUUUUUGAUACAUUUACAUUUACUCACUUGGCAGACACUUAUAUGCAAAGAAACCUACAAAAGAGGUCAACAUAAUCAAAUAAACAUCCUAUUUUGAAACAAGUGUUACAGGACAAGGUUACAAAAUUAAUCAAGUGAUGCAUCCCUUAAGCUUUGUUUGUUUUUGAUUAUGUGCGGUGUUAAGCUUGCGCCAAACUUGCCAUUUAGCCUUAUGUUCAAAAAGCUCAAUUUUUGUCUUAUCAUACCAUAGAACAUUCUUCCUUCUGACUUCACAGUCUCCCAUGUGCCUUCUAGGAAAUUCUUGCUGAGACAUCAUAAAGCUGUGACUGGUAAAGCACUUGGGCAACAGCUGUUGUCUGCACUGUCUUGCCAAUAUAAGAGCCACUGUAGCUUGUCCUUCAGAGUUAACUUAGGUCUCUUAUGGCAUCUCUCACUAGUCGUCUUUUUGCACCAUCAGUUAUUUUUGUGUACAAAUUGCUCUAUUCAAAUUUACAUCUAUGCCACACUCCUUUUUUUUUUUCUUUCUUUCUUAAUAAUUGAUUUAAUCUGGAUUCCAAGGAAUAUUCAGUGACUUGGAAAUUUUCAUGUACCCAUCCUGAUUUAUACUUUUCAAUCACCAUUUCACAGAAUUGCUUGGAGUGUUCCAUUGUCUUUAUUGCAUACAUAAGUCCAUGAUAUUGACUUGCCCCAAGUUGGACUUUCCAGAUAAAGUGUAUUUACUACAAUCAGGCAGUGAAAUUCCUUUGAACUAAUUAUAUGACUUCUAAAUCCAUUUAGCUACACUAGUGAUGACAUAGGUGUGUCAUAUUCAAAGGGUGAAUACGUACAGGAUCAUAUCUAUAACUGAUUUACAUCACACCUUUUUCUGUUGAUCAGUAUGAAAAAAGCUAAAUUUAUUCCACUGUGGUUCAUUGUUGUGUAACAGUUUCUUAAAUUAUGCGUUGUGGGUUGCCACCAGUGGGUUGUGAGUUACUGUUGUAUUUAAUGUGAAUAGUUUGUUUAUUUAUGUUUUGAGAAUUGGGUUGCAUUGGUUUGGUGCAUUUUGAUUAUACAGUCAACAUGGCUCUGAUGUUCUUCCUUUAUGAUGUUCCUCUGAUGAUCGGAGAUUCUCCCAACUGCCCAUCCCACAGAUCUGCCAAUUGGCAGAGAUUCGCCAAGGGGGAAGGCCCCCCCACCUCGCUUUGAUGGUUGUCUGUGAUUUUCCAAGGGGGACUGCUGCCUGUUCUGACAACCAUCAAGGAAUGAAUGGGUCUUGAAGACAUGAAGAAGGGAAUGAUUGGAUUGGAACAA